UGCCGCAAUGGCGGUGCCCAGGCGCUGAGGGCGGCGCCGGGCCGCGGUGAGGGGCGGCGGGACCCGGCGAGACCCGCGGCCACCGAACCUCCGGGGCUCCGGGGGGGCUCCGGGGCGGCUCCGAGCUGCCCCAGGCCCGGGGAGCGGGCAGACACCCAGCUGCUGCUCUCCAAAGCGCUGGGCCGCUUCCCCGCUGUCGCCGGCCUGCUCUGCCCUGCCCGGCCGGGUCAGGGCUCCGUCGCCCUCGCCUUGAGCUGUCCGUCCGCAGGGUGACCAUGAAGGUGGUGAACCUGAAGCAGGCCAUCCUGCAGGCCUGGAAGGAGCGCUGGAGCGACUAUCAAUGGGCCAUAAACAUGAAGCGGUUCUUCCCCCGCGGAGCCACCUGGGACAUCCUCAACUUGGCAGAGGCUCUCCUGGAGCAGGCCAUGAUUGGGCCAUCCCCAAACCCACUCAUCUUGUCCUACCUGAAAUACGCCAUCAGCUCCCAGAUGGUGUCUUAUUCCACGGUGCUGAUGGCCAUCAGCAAGUUCGAUGACUUCUCCCGGGACUUGUGUGUCCAGUCGCUCUUGGAGAUCAUGGACAUGUUCUGUGACCGCCUCAGCUGCCACGGCAAGGCCGAGGAGUGCAUCAGCCUGUGCCGGGCGCUGCUGAGUGCCCUCACCUGGCUGCUGCGCUGCGCCACCUUCUACGCCGAGAAGGUGAAGGAGCCGCUGGAGCAGGCGGCGGCGGAGAACCAGCUGAAGAUGUGCCUGGAGAGGUUGGAGAAGGUGCUCAGCAGCACCAAGAACCGUGCCCUGAUCCACAUUGCCAAGCUGGAGGAGACAUCCUCCUGGAGCACUGUGGAGCAGUCCCUCGUCAAGCUGGGAGAGAACCUGAACAACCUUGGCAGCACCCCGCUGCGGAGCCAGGCUGAUGACUGUGUGUCCCUCAUCAAAAGCAUCCCCACCAUGCUCUCAGUCCACUCAGAGCAGCUGAACAAGACAGGCUUCCCCACCGUGCACGCCGUGGUGCUGCUGGAGGGCACCAUGAACCUCACAGGGGAGACCCAGCCACUAGUGGAGCAGCUGAUGAUGGUGAAGAGGAUGCAGCGCAUCCCCUCCCCUCUCUUCGUGCUGGAGAUCUGGAAGGCCUGUUUCGUGGGCCUCAUCGAGUGUCCUGAGGGCACAGAGGAGCUCAAGUGGACAGCUUUCACCUUCCUGAAGAUGCCCCAAGUGCUGGUUAAACUCAAGAAAUACCCCCAAGGGGAUAAGGAUUUCACUGAGGAUGUGAACUGUGCCUUCGAGUUCCUGCUGAAGCUGACCCCUCUGCUGGACAAAGCCGACCAGCGCUGCAACUGUAACUGCAUGAGCCUGCUCCUGCAGGAGUGCAGCAAGCAGGGGCUGCUCUCCGAGGCCAACAUGAACAACCUCAUCGACAAACGGGCUGCAGACAAGGAAAACUCUCCAUCCCUGAAAUCAGCUGAGAACGCCAACAUCCAGCCAAACCCUGGGCUCAUCCUGAGGGCUGAGCCCACUGUCACCAACAUCCUGAAGACCAUGGAUGCAGAUCACUCCAAGUCCCCUGAGGGCCUUCUGGGGGUCCUGGGUCACAUGCUGUCUGGGAAGAGCCUGGACUUGCUGCUGGCAGCAGCAGCAGCCACUGGGAAGCUGAAAUCCUUCGCUCGGAAGUUUGUCAAGCUGAACGAAUUCACCAAGCAAAUCACGGGGGAAAUCUCCAAGAGUGGCCCAGUCCGGGCUCUGCUCUUUGACAUCUCCUUCCUCAUGCUGUGCCAUGUGGCCCAGACCUAUGGCUCAGAGGUGAUCCUGUCAGAUUCCAACCCUCCAGGCGAGGUGCCCUUCUUUGAGACCUGGAUGCUGACCUGCAUGCCCGAGGAGGGGAAGAUCCUCAACCCUGACCACCCCUGCUUCCGCCCAGAUUCCACCAAGGUGGAGUCCCUGGUUGCCCUUCUCAACAACUCCUCUGAGAUGAAGCUGGUGCAGAUGAAGUGGCAUGAGGUGUGUCUGAGCAUCUCAGCUGCCAUACUGGAGAUCCUCAAUGCCUGGGAGAAUGGAGUCCUCACCUUUGAGUCGAUCCAGAAAAUCACAGAGAACAUCAAGGGGAAGGUGUGCAGCAUGGCAGUGUGUGCCGUGGCCUGGCUGGUGGCCCACGUCCGCAUGCUGGGCCUGGAUGAGCGGGAGAAGUCCCUGCAGAUGAUCCGGCAGCUCGCCACCCCCCUGUACGGAGAGAACACGCUGCAGUUCUACAACGAGCGUGUGGUGAUCAUGAGCUCCAUCCUGGAGCACAUGUGCGCGGACGUCCUGCAGCAAACGGCCACACAGAUCAAAUUCCCCUCCACUGGCAUGGACACCAUUCCCUACUGGAAUCUUCUGCCCCCCAAGAAGCCCAUCAAGGAGGUGCUGACCAGCGUGUUCACCAAGGUGCUGGAGAAGGGCUGGGUCGACAGCCGCUCCAUCCACAUCUUCGACACCCUGCUGCACAUGGGGGGUGUGUACUGGUUCUGCAACAACCUGGUCAAGGAGCUGCUGAAGGAGACACGGAAGGAGCACACGCUGAGGGCUGUGGAGCUGCUCUAUGCCAUCUUUUGCCUGGACAUGCACCAGCUGACACUGACACUGCUGGGCCACAUCCUGCCCAACCUGCUGACAGACUCCUCCAAGUGGCACACCCUCAUGGACCCCCCUGGGAAGGCCCUGGCCAAGCUCUCUGUUUGGUGUGCCCUGAGCUCCUACUCCUCCCACAGCAAGGUCCAGGCCUCGGCCCGGCAGAAGAAGAGGCACCGGGAGGACAUCGAGGAUUACAUCAGCCUGUUCCCACUGGAUGACACACAGCCCUCCAAGCUCAUGCGGCUGCUGAGCUCCAACGAGGAGGAUUCCAACAUCCUCUCCAGCCCCAAUCGCUCCAUGAGCAGCUCACUCUCUGCCUCCCAGCUCCACACCGUCAGCAUGAGGGACCCUCUGAACCGGGUGCUGGCAAACCUCUUCCUGCUCAUCUCUUCCAUCCUGGGGGCCAAGACAGCUGGCACCCACACGCAGUUUGUCCAGUGGUUCAUGGAGGAGUGUGUGGAGUGCCUGGAGCAGGGCAGCCGUGGGAGCAUCCUCCAGUUCAUGCCGUUCACCAUGGUUUCUGAGCUGGUGAAGGUGUCCACCAUGUCCAGUCCCAAAAUUGUCCUGGCCAUCACUGACCUCAGCCUGCCCCUGGGUCGCCGUGUCGCCGCCAAGGCCAUUGCUGCUCUGUGACCAGGGCUGCUCCAGCCAGGGGGGAUCCCUGAGGAGCCCAGGGAUGUCCCUGCUGGUCUGGGUGGCUGGCAUGGCCCCUGUCACUGCAGCUGCUGGAGGGCUGCUCCCUCAGCACACGGAGCCAUCUCCUUGCUCUGCCUCAUGGCACUUUUGAGACUGAGACACCCCCUAAUUUUUUGUAUUCUAUAAAUCAAUCCUUUUGUACAA